AGCUAAUGUUGGCUACUUUGGGAGACAGAGUCAAGCCUGUCUGCAAAGUUACACUCUUGGGUUACGCUAUGUAAGGAAACAAAUUUGUAACUUGGGGGUGCUUCUAUAGUUGGCCUCAUUAUUGUGGCUUCUGAGGCAUGAAGCAUAUUUCACUGGCUGAAUCUGGUGUGCCAGCUGUGUCCUUCUAAACAGAGAUUGGUUACAAUUCUCAUCUAGUAGCUCAAUUAGCCACCGGUAAUUAACCACUGUUUUAUUUUGAUGGUCUUUGAAGAUUGCUUGAACAAGUUGGUGCAAAACAUAGCUAGAUUACUUUUGGUCUGAAUAAAUGGACUAUGCAGUCCGUCUCUGACAGUUUUUACAUGCCAGGUAGGUACAGACCAGGCAGCUGCACAUCCUUGGGUUGCACAAAACCAGGAAAUUGCCAUAAAUAACAUAAACAUCACCUACACUUAGGCUGACAUUUGUGAUUAACAGAGCUUUUUCAGAACAUAAGUUUUCUGCAAAGUCAAAACAUACCAGUCACAGCAAGCCGCCAAGAUUUCCUCAGAGUGUCCAGUUGCUUUGCUGCUCCUUGCUGAGCCUGUUACUAUUAAUGAUGCUGCUGAAAGAUUCUUUGUUCUGCAGUGUGAUUUGGCAUGCUGUCCUCUAAGUUAAGUAUUACGGUGCUGAGACUUCCUUGGCUUUAAUUGCAAUUUAAGCUGCAAAACUUCCUAUUUGUACCCUCCCCUUUCUCAUCUGUAUCCACCCACCCAUUCAUAGCUCUGUCUCCCUUUUUCCUAGUUCAAAUGUGACUUUUGUGGUGCCAGGGAGAAAAAGAAGAUGCAUUCCUCUGCUUGUACUGCACUUAUGGAAAGGGAAAAGGACACAUUUCUACUAAGAAAACAGCCAGAUCAUUAUUUCCCAAGCUAUUUAACCAAGAAUACUAGCAGUUGUAACACGAUCUGUGGGCCGUAUAUCCCAUAAUAUUUGGGCAUGGACAUGAAGCACAUUAACUUCCUUUGCGGCUGAGCGAGACCAAACUGUGUGGCUCAACGUGGAGGAGCAGCCGGCCGGUGGAUGCCACAUCACGGCGCCCUCUGCACACAAAGGGCCCUGAGCAUGUGGCUGCAGCAGUUUCUCGUGAGUGCCUUGAUCAGCAUUGUGGAUCUUGCUGUCCCCGUCUGCAAACUGGGUCCAGAAGCUCAGGUUCAGUGUCAAACACAAGCAGAAAAUAAAGCAAAAUGUGUGGACAUCAACUUGAGUUCCUGUAAUGAUGUGUCUUAUUCAAAAACAAUUUACCCUAAUCUGCUGUAUCAGAAGUCCAGGGAGGUGAUCGAAUACAGCUCUGAGUAUAUCUUGAUGGGUGUGCUCCAUAACUUGCUACAGGGAGAAUGCAAUCCUGAUCUGAGGCUUCUGAGCUGCUCCAUCAUGGCUCCAAGGUGUGAAGAGGGCAAAAUCGUUAAGCCUUGUCGUAAUGUCUGUGAAACCCUGAGAAAAAAUUGUCUGCCAGCCUUUGAUGCAAUUGACAUGGCUUGGCCCUACUUCUUAGACUGUGAUCGCUUUUUUGUGGAUGAAGUAGAAGGAUGCUUUGAUCCAUUAGCAAAGUUGAGAGGAGAGACAGAAUUUGCAGACGAUGCCGUCAGUGAGUCACCAACAUUUAUUCGGUUCACCCAUCACUCGUUCCCCCAAAUGGUGAGAGAACUGAAAAAGGUAGCAUCCAGAUGUUCCCACAUAGCUAGGAUGUACAGCAUUGGCCGCAGCUUUGAAGGCAAAGACCUCUUUGUCAUUGAGUUUUCCACUCGGCCUGGACACCAUGAAUUGUUCAAGCCAGAGUUCAAAUACAUUGCCAAUAUGCAUGGAAAUGAAGUUGUGGGGAAAGAAUUACUAACCUAUCUUGCCCAGUACCUGUGCUCUGAAUAUAUUCUUGGCAAUGUCAGGAUCCAGACAUUGAUCAACAACACUCGAAUUCAUCUUCUUCCUUCCAUGAAUCCAGAUGGAUAUGAACUUGCAGCAGAAGAGGGAGCUGGCUACAAUGGAUGGACAAAUGGGAGACAAACAGCUCAGAAUCUUGAUCUUAACAGGAACUUUCCAGAUUUGACCUCUGAAUUUUACAGACUCACCAGGAUCAGAGGGGCACGUAUGGACCAUCUUCCCAUUCCACCGUCUUACUGGUGGGGUAAGGUAGCACCAGAGACAAAAGCUGUUAUGAAGUGGAUCAAGUCCAUCCCAUUUGUACUGUCUGCCAGUCUUCAUGGGGGUGAUUUGGUGGUUUCUUAUCCUUUUGAUUAUUCAGUACAUCCCCUGGAAGAGAAAAUGUUCUCCCCUACCCCUGAUGAGAAGAUGUUCAGAUUGCUGUCUAAAACCUAUGCAGAUGCACACCCCAGCAUAUCAGACAAAUCAGAAAUGCGUUGUGGUGGAAAUUUCGUGAAACGAGGUGGUAUCAUAAAUGGUGCUGAGUGGUAUAGCUUUACUGGAGGAAUGGCAGAUUUUAAUUACCUUCACACCAACUGUUUUGAAAUUACUUUGGAGCUUGGAUGUGAGAAAUUUCCUCUGGCUGAAGAACUGUAUUCACUCUGGCAGGAAAACAGAGAAGCCCUUCUGAAAUUAAUGGAAAUGGUUCAUCGUGGAAUAAAAGGAAUUGUAUCUGACAAAUUUGGAAACCCAAUAAAGAAUGCCCGAAUCUCAGUCAAAGGCAUCCGCCAUGGUGUUCUUACAGCUGAUGAUGGAGACUACUGGAGACUUUUGCCACCUGGAACAUACAUUGUCAGUGCUCAGGCUCGUGGCUACACUAAAGUCCUAAAGAAGGUGACGUUACCUUCCAAGAUGAGCAGGGCUGGACGAGUGGACUUUAUCUUGCGACCUCUCAUUGGCAAGCCUCCUCCAAUUGUCCAUGAGCAUUAUGAUCCACUGGAACACUUUGACCCUCAUGCUCAGCAAGAACCAAGAGAAGAUGGAGGGCAAUCCGUCCAGCCAAGAGAAAAACCCUGGUGGUGGUCAUACUUCAGCUCUCUGGAUCAGCAUAAGCCUUUGUGGCUACUUAAGCAUCAGUAGACUGUUUUAUGUUGCACUCUAAACCUGAACACAGUACCUGUUAAUUGUAUUUCCAGUGUUACUCUGGAUGCUAAUGGAAGUAUUUGGAUCUGAUUCAUCUGUUCAUAUAACAUUGUCUUGCUAGUUUUUUUUCUUUACAUUUUCUUUAUUUCUCUGCCUACAAAAAUGUAUAUUAAAAUUAGUAUGCACUUAAA